UAUACAUGGAAUCAUACAAUAGAUGGCCUUUUGUGUCUGGCUUCUUUCACUUAGCAUGAUGUCUUCAAGAUUCAUGCCUACUGUAGCAUGAAUCAGGACUUCAUUCCUUUUUAUGGCCAAAUAAUAUGCCAUUGCACAGACAGACCACAUUUCUUCUAUCCAUUCAUCCACUGAUGGAUAUUUAUGUUUUUUCUAUUUUUUAGCUCUUGUGAAUCAUGCUGCUGAGAACAUUCGCAAGCAAGUUUUCGUGUGGACAUUUCUUUUAAGUUCUUUUGGGUUUUGCAUUAAUUUUGAAUUUUUAAUAGAGUAUAUAAAAAUAUUUUUUCAUCUUGAGUUUUUCGACGUCCCCUUAAAAUUUGCACCUGCACCAAGUGCUUGACUGGCCUCACCCUGCUCCCACUCCACAAAUCUUGUCCCUGUUAGCUGUGUGACUUUGAGCGAGUUGCUUACCCUCUCAGAGCCUCAGUUUCCUCCUCUGUAAAAUGGGCAUAAUCCCUGUACCUACUCACAGCUGUUAGGGGGCUACACUGAGGUAAUGACGCACGUUACAGACCCAGCCCACAGUAAACUUAAGUCGAAGCGUUUUCCCUCCUGGGAGGCCAGAUGUUGGGGCUGGCAGUGGGGGGUCCUCAAAUGGAUGUGUCCUAGCCUUGCCCUUGAGGAGAGUUUACCCGACAGCCUAGAACUCUCUGCUGCUUCUGUUCCCAAGGCUGUUUUUGUUCUCUUGCCUCAGCCUGGCCCCCUACGAGGUCGCUGGGGGAGGGACCCGAUGCUGGUCACCCGAAGGCCUCCCCGGCUCCCAGCACCUUCCAUCCCAGCUGUCCUGGGCCCCCCACCGCUGCCUCCCCCGCCCUCCGCUCUGCCCACUCCCAUGGAAGGCCACGGCUCCCCGUCCCUCUGCGCUGCCAUGAGGCCUGCACUUUGCAGGGUGAAGUCCAAAGUUCAGUCCCUUCGCUAAGCACAUGGAUAAAUAUGAACCUUGGAGAAUUUCCCCAGCUCCAAUGUAAACAGAGCGGGCAGGGGCCCUGAUUCACUGGCCACUGGGGCCAGGGUUGGGGGUUGGGGGUGCCCACAGGGCUUGGCUAGUGGGGUUUGGGGGGGCAGCGGGCGCAAGGAGCCUGGUUUGGGCCUGCCUGCUGGCCGGCCAGCACGGAGCCAGCCCACACGGCGGGGAGGCGGCCGGCUCAGUGGCCCUGGGCCGCGUGGCCCGCGCUAGUGGAGCCAUGGUUUCUAAACUGAGCCAGCUGCAGACGGAGCUCCUGGCGGCCUUGCUCGAGUCGGGCCUGAGCAAAGAGGCGCUGAUCCAGGCGUUGGGUGAGCCGGGGCCCUACCUGCUGGCUGGAGACGGCCCCCCGGACAAGGGGGAGUCCUGUGGUGGCGGCAGUCGAGGGGAGCUGGCCGAGUUGCCCAAUGGGCUGGGGGAGACGAGGGGCUCCGAGGACGAGACGGACGACGAGGGUGAAGACUUCACACCGCCCAUUCUCAGAGAGCUGGAGAACCUCAGCCCCGAGGAGGCAGCCCACCAGAAAGCCGUGGUGGAGACCCUGCUGCAGGAGGACCCAUGGCGUGUGGCUAAGAUGGUCAAGUCCUACCUGCAGCAGCACAACAUCCCGCAGCGGGAGGUGGUCGACACCACCGGCCUCAACCAAUCCCACCUGUCCCAGCACCUCAACAAGGGCACCCCCAUGAAGACGCAGAAGCGAGCCGCCCUGUACACCUGGUACGUCCGCAAGCAGCGAGAGGUGGCCCAGCAGUUCACCCACGCAGGGCAGGGUGGGCUGAUUGAAGAGCCCAUGGGCGAUGAGCUACCAACCAAGAAGGGUCGGAGAAACCGUUUCAAAUGGGGCCCAGCAUCCCAGCAGAUCCUGUUCCAGGCCUACGAGAGGCAGAAGAACCCCAGCAAGGAGGAGCGGGAGGCGCUGGUGGAGGAGUGUAACAGGGCGGAGUGCAUCCAGAGGGGGGUGUCACCGUCACAGGCGCAGGGGCUGGGCUCCAACCUCGUCACAGAGGUGCGCGUCUACAACUGGUUUGCCAAUCGGCGCAAGGAAGAAGCCUUUCGGCACAAGCUGGCCAUGGACACGUACAGCGGGCCGCCACCAGGGCCAGGCCCAGGCCCUGCGCUGCCUGCCCACGGCUCCCCUGGCCUGCCCCCACCGGCCCUCUCCCCCGGUAAGGUCCACGGAGUGCGCUAUGGACAGCCUGCAAGCAGUGAGGGGGCAGAAGUGCCCUCAAGCAGUGGUGGUCCCUUGGUGACAGUGUCUGCACCCCUGCAUCAAGUGUCCCCCACUGGUCUGGAGCCCAGUCACAGUCUGCUGAGCACAGAAGCCAAAUUGGUCUCAGCCACUGGGGGCCCGCUGCCCCCGGUCAGCACCCUGACAGCACUGCACAGCUUGGAGCAGACAUCCCCGGGCCUCAGCCAGCAGCCCCAGAACCUCAUCAUGGCCUCACUUCCCGGGGUCAUGGCCAUAGGGCCUGGUGAGCCUGCCUCCCUGGGCCCCACGUUCACCAACACGGGCGCCUCCACCCUGGUCAUUGGCCUGGCCUCCACGCAGGCGCAGAGCGUGCCGGUCAUCAACAGCAUGGGCAGCAGCCUGACCACCCUGCAGCCCGUCCAGUUCUCGCAGCCUCUGCACCCUUCCUACCAGCAGCCGCUCAUGCCCUCCGUGCAGAGCCACGUGGCCCAGAGCCCCUUCAUGGCCACCAUGGCCCAGCUGCAGAGCCCCCAUGCCCUCUACAGCCACAAGCCCGAGGUGGCCCAGUACACCCACACGGGCCUGCUUCCGCAGACCAUGCUCAUCACCGACACCACCAACCUGAGCGCCCUGGCCAGCCUCACACCCACCAAGCAGGUCUUCACCUCAGACGCUGAGGCCUCCAGUGAGUCCGGGCUUCACACACCAGCGUCCCAGGCCGCCACCAUCCACAUCCCCAGCCAGGACCCUGCUGGCAUCCAGCACCUGCAGCCCACCCAUCGGCUCAGCGCCAGCCCCACCGUGUCCUCCAGCAGCCUGGUGUUGUACCAGAGCUCCGACUCCACCAACGGCCAUGGCCAUCUGCUGCCAUCCAACCACAGCGUCAUUGAGACCUUCAUCUCCACGCAGAUGGCCUCUUCCUCCCAGUAACCACGGACACGGCCUCCCAGGGGAUGGGCCCUGGAGCCUACACAGACUGCUGGAGGGGUGACCAAGACAUCUGAGCCUGCAAAACUUUCACUGCCCCCAGGCUGCUGCUCUUCCCUGGAAAACUGUGCCUCAGUCCCCACCCUGUUCCCCUCAGAAAAGGGGGGGGGGUUCUGAGGCGCCCCAACCCGAGGAGGGCUGCUUCAGUGCACAAGAGGGAACCGUGCAGAGCUGGGAAGCAGAGCCUGCUCCUGGUGGGACUCGGGAGGGACUGUCCCUGCUGCUCAGGGUAAAUCUUGUCACUUGGAACAGAAGGGGGCAGCCCUGGGCUCUGGUACCCCCAGGCCGGGCCUGUGGAGACGCCACACUUCUCAGGACACCAGGCUGUGCAGCUGGGAGAGAGGUCAUAGGUCAACGUGGCCCCAUGCUGUCACCUGUGCCCCAAUCAGGCCACUCCACCCAGCCCCCCUUCCUGCUUUUAACCCGUACACCCAUUUGGACCCACCUGUCCCCCACCACAUAAGCAUCGCCUGAGUGGCUCCUCUGUGCCAGGGCCUGGGGCAAGCAGGCCUCUCCAGCUUCCCUCGUCCUGAGCCAUCCCUCUCCCCAGCCGCCAUGAUCUCCCGUUUUCUUGGACAUCUGUCCCCCUGCGCAUCACACCUUCUGAUGCCAGCCUGGCAUCUCGCCUCUACUGGAAAGCCCCCAUCCCCGCAGGCCUAGGUGUUGUCUCUGCUCCUAUGGGAGACUCGUGACUCUGUGCCUGGUGCCAAGUCAAGGUCAUGGGGCAGCAGACCCUUCCCUGCUUUGGGGGAGAAGCUGCUGAGCUCAGAAGGCGGUAAGGCCAGGGCAGCUGGCAGAGCUGAGGGGCCCAGAGGGAGGAGAGAGGCGAGACCAGAGGAGAGGUUGCCGCCUGGAAGCUUGGAGCCCAGCUGGCUGAGGGAAGGCGAUCACAGCCCACCACCCCGGGGAGGUUGAGGUCCUGAGGGACAAGGGAGCCGUGCCAACGCAGGGCUCAUCUCCCUGGGGCUGCUGCAGAUAACCCAGCCCCAGUGGACUGCCUCCAUCCUGGAUUGAGGAAGGAGCCAGGGGAGAACUGGCAUUCCCUGCAGCUUGCAGCCGGCUAAGGGCGAGCCUGUACAUUUAUUUAACUUUUAGUAAAUGAGGAACA